AAUGUCCAAAUCUUGACUCUUUCUCCAGGAAUUGAUUAUUUUGUGUUGCUCAAACAGGAUCAUUAAACUAAAUUCAGAUUUUCAAACAACAAAAGAAGAACUAUUUUAUUUCAAACUCCUGUUUUUGUGAACGGGCCUUUUCCACACACAGAUGACAGAUAAUAUGCUCUUGAGUUGUAUUGUAUUCAGCCACAAGUGAAAUGGAAGGAAACUGUCAAAGGAAGUGUUUUUCUGCCGUAUCACUCUGAUGUUAUCGCUCUUCUUCUAAACCUGAGCUUCACAUUGAGAAACCACGAGAGAGAAAACCACUGAGACUCCAACAGCAUGUGCUGCACUCCGACUAUGAGAAGAUGAGCGGCAGGAGAUCUGUGUGCAUCUUGAUCUGUGUCUUCUGCUUCUGCUGUGCUUUGGGAAACGUAAAGCGCACUUUCAGCAUUCAAGAGCUGACGGUGACUCAGGAAGAGCUGAAGGAUUGUGGGAAGCAGAAGAAGCUGUGUGUGACGUCUAUCGCGGACUGUCUCUAUACAGCAUCAGACGGAGCUCCUCGAGUUCCCAGAACAUCUGAGAACUUCCUGAACACAUCAUGCCACUAUCUGAUGCAAGAGGAGUCGUUGACCUGCAGAUGGGCUCAGACAAACCACAUCAGAUCACAAACCAUCAGCAGCUUAAUUUUCAGCCAAGCUGAGGACUUCCACCACUGUCCCUCUAUUUUAAAAAUAUAUUCAACUUUCAAUUUAACCAUCAAGUCAAAGAGUGUCUUCAGCCAGAAAGAGCAGUUCUCUGACGUCUAUCUGCUGGUCAUUCGGGAUAUAAUCCAGGCUCCUCGGCCGCUGAUCUCGUCUGUUAACGUCACUGAUUCGUCAAUCAACGUCACAUGGACCAGCGGGAAAAUACCAGUCACUAAAUGCAAAAUCCGUUACAAACGUCUCAACACAGAGUCAUGGGCCGAGACUGCAGAUUUGCCGUCCUCGGUCGAGUCUCAGUUCGUGAUCGAGGGUUUACAGGCCUUCAGUGAGUAUCAUCUGAGAGUCUCCUGCUCUCACGGAUUCGGCCGAUGGAGCGACUGGAGCGACGAGACUCGAGUGAAGACAUCAGAGAGCUUGCCGACUGUUGCUCUCUCUCUCAGUUAUUAUGUGGAUUCAGAUGAAAACUCCAGGAUUCGGCAGCUGGUGCUUCUCUGGAAGGUAAUAUAGCACACGUGUGUGUGUGUGUGUGGUGUGAGUGUGUGUGUGUGUUUGUGUGUGUGUGUG